GAUCGCCGUCUCCUACAUGUGUGUUGCGGAUGAGCGUUGUUCCGAUAAGGCAACAUCCACAGCAGCAAAGAGGACCAGAGGAGGUCUGAGCCGGUCUGUAAAGUCCGGGUCUCGGUGUCAGCACCCUGGUGCACCUGGUGAUGGUGUCAGGACAUCAGGAAACUCUCUCAGUGCUUCAUCCAAACAGGAAGACAUAACGUUACUGUCUCCGUUUCUGACUUUGACUGCCUUAAAUAAACUGAAAGCUGCUCCCUGUCUCACUGGGUGUUGACAGAAAAUGGCAACAAGGAGCAGAUACCUGCUGCAGAGAGUGUGCAGUGGACUCAGAGCUCACACAGUCCGCUAUCAGAGCUCCACUUUGACCUCAAGUCAAGGACGCCUGUGGAAACCUCCACAUAGACAUCUGAGCUGCUCAUCCAGACUCUACAAGUCGGAUUCUCCCACCACAGGUCCCAGCAGUCUGUCAUUCAGGAGCCACACCUGUGGAGAACUGAGAUCGGAUCAUGUGGGAGAGAAAGUCACUCUGUGUGGCUGGGUCCAAUACCUCAGGCAAGAUCUGUUCGUCAUCCUGCGAGAUUUCAGUGGCUUGACACAAGUUCUAAUUCCUCAGGAAGAAUCUGCGAGUAAUUUGAAAGCAGUCCUGUGUGACCUCACAGCAGAGUCUGUCAUCAAGGUUGCAGGAACAGUCAGACGACGCCCGGCGGGACAACAGAACAAGGAGAUGCCGACAGGAGAAAUAGAGAUCCUGGCUGAGAGUGUGGAGGUUUUCAAUGAGUGCCGGAAGUUGCCUUUUGAAAUCAAAGACUUUGUCAAAAAAUCUGAGUCUUUGCGGAUGCAGUAUCGCUACCUGGACCUGAGGUCCUCUCAGAUGCAGAAGAACCUCCGGUUGAGAUCACAGCUGGUGAUGAAGAUGAGAGAGUACCUCUGUAAUGUGCACGGUUUUGUUGAUGUGGAAACUCCUACCUUGUUUAAAAGAACGCCAGGGGGAGCCAAAGAGUUUGUGGUUCCAUCCAGAGAGCCGGGCCGGUUUUACUCUCUCCCUCAGAGUCCACAGCAGUUUAAACAGCUCCUAAUGGUGGCUGGGAUAGACAGGUACUUCCAGAUGGCCCGGUGCUACCGAGAUGAAGGCUCCAAACCAGAUCGACAGCCUGAGUUCACCCAGGUAGACAUAGAAAUGUCUUUUGUGGACCAGGCAGGGAUCAUGUCCCUGGUGGAGGGUUUGUUACAGUACUCCUGGCCAGCAGAGAAAGGACCCAUUAAGGUUCCUCUCCCAGCCAUGACAUAUGAAGAGGCCAUGAGGGAGUACGGCGUAGACAAGCCUGAUACCAGGUUCACUAUGAAGCUGAUCGACCUCAGUCAGGUUUUCCUAUCCACGGAAAUUGAAUUCCUCAGAUCAGCUCUCAGCCAACCAGGAGGCUCUGUUCAGGCCAUCUGCGUCCCCAGUGGAGCGAAAAUUUUUACUGGGAAAGAUUUGGAAGAACUGAAGCAAACAGCUAAGGCUCAGUUUUGCCAGGAGCUCAGCGUGGUGCUGGUCAAAGCAGACGGGACGUUGAAGUCUCCCCUGAAGAAGCUGCUGUCUGUCUCGGCCACAGAUGAGCUACUGCAGAGGACUGGAGCCAAACCUGGAGACCUGCUGCUGGUGGCAGCCGGUUCCCUCCACACCGUGCGCCCUUUGCUGGGUAAUCUUCGCCUGCGGUGCGCAGAGCUCCUAGAGACUCGUGGCGUUUCAGUCCGUGACCCUUCAGCCUUCCACUUCCUGUGGGUUGUGGACUUCCCUCUCUUCUUGCCCAAAGAAGAGGAACCAGAGCAGCUGGAGUCAGCCCAUCAUCCGUUUACUGCUCCACUGCCAGAGGACACACAGCUACUCUACACAGAGCCACGCAAGGUACGUGGUCAGCACUAUGACCUAGUGUUGAAUGGCUGUGAAAUUGGUGGAGGCUCCAUCCGCAUCCACAAAGCCUCGGAACAGCUUCAUGUCCUGAAGAAUAUCCUGAAGGAGGAUCCCAGUCUACUGUCUCACCUGCUGGAGGCGCUGGACUCAGGAGCACCACCACAUGGAGGGAUUGCUCUGGGUUUGGACCGGUUGGUCUCCAUCAUGGUCGGGGCUCCUAGCAUCCGCGAUGUCAUUGCCUUCCCCAAGUCAUUCCGGGGUCACGACCUCAUGAGCUGUGCCCCUGACUUUGUAUCUGAGGAGGAGCUGAAGUCUUACCACAUCUCUGUCAAAUGGCCAACACAGCGAGGAGGAGGAGAAGAGGUUAAGUAAGGAGAUAAAGAAGGAAGAGACAUCCGAGGAGGUGGUGCUGCCUUCCCAGAGCUCUGUAACCCACGCAUCAGAGGAAGGAAGCGCGAGGACGAGGAGACAGCGGUGAGCAGGUGUAAAGACCGAGGUCUGUGACGAUGUCUGCCAGCUGGCUGGCAGAUAUGAGGAGGAGGUGAUGUUGUGGCUGCAUCAUUUUGAAAUGGAAGAGAAAAGGCAACGUGCCAACAGCCACAGCGUUUGCAGAAGGAAAUCUGCAACAAAGAAGAAAUGCUUACUACUGAAAGCGAAUGACACUUGAGGCUUGACUGAUAUGUUGGUUUGUGGAAAGUGAACCUCUGUUAAGAUUCUUCCAGACCAAUGCCUCAUAUAAUCAUUCUUUAAAUAUUAUUUCAGAGUGUGUUCCACCUCCAGAAGAAAAAAACUCUGGAGAAAUCUGUAAUUUGUUGGGAUGCAAGGCAAGUUUAAGCACACUGCAGGUUACUGUCACAAAUACAACCAACAGGAGAUUUAUUAUUCUCAGGAAUUUGUAGAUGGCAAAAACUGAGCUGCAAGAGAGCAAAUAUUGGACUUUGUUCGCCAGAUGGCGAAAACAUGACUCCGAAUGAAUGAUAAUGUUGCUCGGUAAUUACUGGAUGUAUAAAUAUGGGCCUAACAAGUUUGCCUUAUAAACCUAAAACGUGAUGAUGCAUCAAUUUUGUGUUCAUAACUUGUUUCCGCUGCCCCAAGAGGCCACAAAGUUAUUGCAGGUUUAAGACAUUAAAGUGUGUGUUUGACUUAACAUCCAUGUUAUCACCGUGUUCAUCCCCGUCUGUUCCACUCUGCUGGACUCGCUCCAUCCUCCUCUCUCUGCCCCCACUGUGGGUACCUCCGCUGGCAGAGUGCAUCUGGAGGUUCAGUACCAGGAUCCGUUCAGAAGCUGACUGCGCAGUCAGCUGCUGCCUUAAUAAAUCAGGUGCUGAAUACUUGCAGAUUGUGAUUAAAACUCAAUGAAAACUGCAAUGCACAUUUGCACAAUGCGAUUUUUCUUAGGGAAUAUGUCCCUCCGUUUCAACAGCACAACAUGUCACACAAUAAAUAGUAAUCGCAAUA